AUGGAGAACAGCAAGCAGCCGGUGAAGGAGGUACUCCCCCUGCCUCGCCACCCUACCCCACUUCCUGUGACCUCUCCCUCUCUGACCCCCGCUGCCACUUCAAAGAAAAUCACCCCGGGCUCCAUGCAGCAUGUACAGGUGGCGUCCUCAGUGGUGACAUCAUUCACUUAUCUGAAGCCUCCAGAAAGGGACCUCACCCUGAUGUCCCACAUCAAGUCUAUUAAGUCUCUGAGACAGGCCGGCCUCACUGCGGUCUUCACUGGACAAACGAAGCUUGAGAGUGAGGAGCUGCUGGAGGAGGUACCAAUCAUCGAUGUGAUCCUGGCUGAUGUCGACUCCCUGGUGCCCACUCACGACGAAGCCGGCCGCCCCAUAGCAGAGUGGAAACGGCAGGUGAUGGUGCGACAGCUACAGGUCAGGCUGCAGGACGAGGAGGAACAGAGGAGACAGGGCCUGACUAACGGCUACACUCCAGUGGAUGGCUGGAAGUACUCUCAAACACACAACGCAGUCUUGGGGCCCUUUGGUGAGCUGUUAACAGAGGAUGACCUGAUGUACCUGCAGCAGCAGAUUGAGACUGUUUCACUGCAGAAGCGCUGCCAGGCCUUUGAGCUGGAGCUGACCAGGUUGACCGAGGAACUGAGGGCCAUUUUACCCGAUCCAAUCGUAAACAUCUCCCUCAACAAAGAGGUCCUACAAAAGAUGGACGCAGAGGGAAAAGUGCACCCGACUCUGCCAGUGUGGUGCAGUCGUGUGUCAGAGAUUGUUCGGAGCAUGUCACUGCUUGUGGCUAAUCUGACCCACACUACAGAAGAAGAGGAUGAGCGGAGGAUAGAGGAAGGCGUGAUGAUGGAGGGGAAUGGUUUGCAUGGAGUAGGAGAUAGUUUAGGAACUGAUUUAGACCAGGGCCAAGAGACGGUGCCAGCACAUGGUGAGACCUCUAGUGGAUGUAGGAUUCCUCAUAUAGGGAUGGCGUCUGCUUUUAGCCAUCGUCUGGAGACCAACAGCUACAGCAGAGCACGGAGGGAGAAGGUGGAGCGGGAGAUCCAGCAGUCUGGGGUGUCAGUCAGAAACCUCAGAUCCAAUUUUGAGGGUCAGAUUGGUGGUAUUUAUCCCUUUGCUGGGGUUGUGAAAGGAGGCCAAGGGUUGAACAGCCAGGUUGUGUUUGGAGCUUCAAACAACCAGCAUGCUAACACAGUUCUCAGCUGUGACGUCAGCCUCUGCGAUCCUCCUACGAAACUUAUACCUGUGAUGGAGACGACCAGCUUAAGGAAAGAGCGUAUAGUGGUACUGUUCCUGAGCCACUGGAAGAAAUCUGCAUAUGCUAUAUCAGUGAGAGCAGCGAUGCAGAGACAGGGACAGGAAGCAGUGUCAGGGAGAGUGACGGGAGCAUCACCCCAACAGAAAAUCACCUCCAUGUUUCAAUUCUGCCAACAACGCGGUGCUGUGGACAAGAUGCUAAACUCCUGGAGGGGUAAACUAGAACUCAAAGACACACCAAAGUCCUGUUUGUCCUCCUCUAACUCCUCACGGAAUCCACCACAGAGAGUAACCUUCUCCCCGGAGCAGUUCCUGCCAGACGUGGAUGGCGUCGCAGUGACCCACGACAGCUUGACCCUCGAACUCUUCAUGCUAGGAUACUUCCACAUCUUAGAGCAGGAGCUGUCGCCCGAGGAGAGGAAGAUGAGGCAUCUACUCUGCUUCGAAGUCUUUGACCACGUUGGCAGUUUCUCCUGGGAGAUGGUGAGGGACUUCCACAAGGCUGUUCUCCAGGAAAUCCAGGCCGGGAGUCGACAGUGGAGCGACGGCUUCGAGGACAUCAAAGUUCGCUUCUUUGGGGACUCGAGACCCUGCCGCUGUCCCUUGCCAGCAUCAUCAUCAUCACUGUUGCCAGAUUCCAGACUCGUGCCCAAAGUUAUAGUUCAAAGUGCUACUCCGGAUGAGUGCGGCAGUGACACGGACUUCUCUUGUUUCAACAAUGAGGACAUUUGUAAAUACAUUGACCGCAGCUUUGCUUUCUGGAAGGAGAAGGAGGCAGAGCUGUUUGAUUUCGAACAUUAAGGUUAGAUUUGACAUUUUUGCACAAGCUGAUGACAUGUUGAUAUGUUUAUUCUGACAGGAGAUGAAUAAAAGUCUAUUGA